UGGAAUACCACCGAGGAAGUCGAGUCUGCAUCCGGAGCAAUUAACCCAGCCACCAAUGAGACCCAAACCUGGUCCACGAAGGCCUCGGUACCUAGGUUAAGUUCACCAGGUUAACGUGCUUGGCCUGACUGAACUGACUUCAUCCGGCGCAGCUUCAUCUCCUCCUCUUUCCUCUCUCUCCCCUUCCAUCUCUCCCCUUCCCUUCCCCUCUUCUCCCCCAGACUUUCUCCUCCUUUUCACUUCCCCCUUUCCCUCUUAAAUCUUUCCGAUUUCCCCUUCCCGUCUGCCUUGAUUCUUGGAACUUUCCCCCCCCGCUCCCACCUUGCCUGACUUUAACGGUAACCUUCGGAGCAACGUUGGUUGACCCCCCAGUUCACCUCAACACCUCCCGUCGCAAAUAUCCCCCCUCACGUUUACGACUGUAUAAUAUAUUAAACGUCACAAAAUGUCGCUCAAAGAAGCUCGUCUACAGCCGCGCAUGGCGAAGAAGCCUCCCUUCUCCGUCGAGGUUCCCGGCGUCGAAGCAAAGCCCGGCGAGACGAUCCCCCGUCGACUACCCGUUGCCAAGGAUGGCCUGUUCACGCGCCUCCCCGAAGACGUCGCUACCACCUAUGAAAUCCUCCGUCGUUCGGCUCGCGUCUUCGGCAACGCCAAGGCCGUCGGCUCUCGCCGUUUGAUCAAGGUCCACACGGAGAACAAGAAGAUCAAGAAGGUGGUCGAUGGUGUCGAGAAGGAGGUCGACAAGCAAUGGAAUUACUAUGAGAUGAGCGGCUAUGAGUAUAAGACGUUCAUCGAGUACGAGCGACUGGCGCUGCAGCUGGGCCAAGGUCUGCGCAAGAUUGGCUUGGCCAAGGGUAACCGCGUCCACCUUUUUGGCGCAACUAGUGAGAACUGGCUGGCGAUGUCACACGGAGCUGCGUGCCAGUCUAUCACGGUGGUCACCGCGUAUGAUACCUUGGGUGAGGAUGGUCUCAAACACUCCAUGGUACAGACGGAGAGUGAUGGCAUCUUCUGUGACCCCAACCUCAUUCCCUCGGUGGCAAACGUCCUCGCCGACGCGACGUCCAUCAAGCAUGUCAUCUACAACAGCCACCUGGAGCACAAACAGGAGGAUCUGGACCGUUUGAAGUCGCAAUUCCCGCACCUGAACGUGAUGAGCUUCGAGGAGCUGCGACAGCUUGGCGAGGAAAACCCGGUAGAUCCGGUCCCCCCCACCCCCGAAGACCUCUGCUGCAUCAUGUACACGUCGGGUUCGACCGGCCCUCCCAAGGGGGUUCCCUUGACGCAGGGCAACGUUAUUGCCUCCGCCGCCGGUGUUCAGGCCAUUGUCGGACCCUACAUCGGUCCUUCCGAUUCUCUGCUCACCUACCUCCCGCAAUCCCACAUCCUGGAAUUCAUGUUCGAGAACGUCUGUCUCUUCUGGGGUGGUACCAUGGGUUACGGAAACCCCCGCACCCUGUCGGAUGCCUCGAUGCGGAACUGCAGCGGCGACAUCAAAGAGUUUAAGCCCACGAUCUUGGUCGGCGUGCCGGCGGUUUGGGAGUCCGUGAAGAAGGGUGUGCUCAGCAACUUGAACAAGGGCAGCUUCCUGGUCAAGGGCAUGUUCUGGGGCGCCAUGUCCGCCAAGAACUUCCUCAUGGCGACGGGCGUCCCCGGCUCGGAUCUCGGCGCGUGGGUGCUGGAUUCGGUGGUCUUCAAGAAGCUGCGGGAGGCGACUGGUGGCCGUUUGCGCAUCUUCAUGAACGGCGGCGGUCCGAUCUCCAAGGAUACCCAGCGGUUCCUGUCCAUGGGCAUCGCCCCCAUGAUCAGCGGGUACGGCCUGACGGAGACCACUGCCAUGGGUGCGCUGAACGACCCGAUGGCCUGGAACCCGGACGCUCUGGGUGAGAUUCCCGCCUCGAUCGAAAUCAAACUCGUCGACUUCCCCGAUGCGGGCUACUUUGCCAAGAACAACCCCCCGCAGGGUGAGAUCUUCAUCCGCGGCGGUGGUGUGUCGAGCGGCUACUGGAAGAACGAGGAAGAGACCAAGGCCGCGUACACCGAGGACGGUUGGUUCAAGACGGGUGACAUUGGUCAAUUCGACAAGUACGGCCACCUCUGCAUCAUCGACCGGAAGAAGAACCUGGUCAAGACGCUGAACGGCGAAUACAUCGCGCUGGAGAAGCUUGAGUCGGUCUACCGAUCUUCCCCGAUUGUCGGCAACAUCUGCGUCUUCGCGGCCCAGGACCAGGAUCGGCCGGUCGCCAUCAUCGUGCCCGUCGAGGCCGCCCUGAAGAAGCUUGCCAGCGAGAAGAACAUCCCGGGCGAGACCCUGGAAACGCUGGUUCACAACGAGAAGCUGAAGUCGUACGUCCUCCAGGAGCUUCAGAAUGCCGGCCGUGCGGGCGGUCUCCGGGGUAUUGAGAUUGUCAGCGGUGUGGUUCUGUCCGACGAGGAGUGGACGCCACAGACUGGUUACAUGACUGCAGCCCAGAAACUCCAGCGCAAGAAGAUCGUCGGCCAUUUCCAGAAGGACAUUGACCGCGCAUAUGGCAAGAAAUAAACGACCGUCUUUACCAGCCCUAACCUAACGUACUGUUCAAAUUAUGCUUUUUACGCACUGUUCUGUUUUUUUUUUUUCCUUGGUUUGGUUUGAUCUUGAUUCCCAUCCUUUUCUUUUGAUUUGAUUUUGCAGCCUCGAAACCUAUCUUUAGUUACGUUAUACCUUUUGCAUUGAAAUUGUUCCUUUGGGUGUGCUGUGUGCUGUUCUGCCCAUGGACCUGGAAUGUACUAUUUAUCUUGUCUCAGUAGAGAAUAUAACGAUGAGUGAUUGA